AUGGCAGCUUUUCAGACUGCUGUAUCGCAUUUGGGAUUUACAAGGUGGAAUGAACGUUUGUCACUAAGAAUUAAUAAAUUACUUGCACCUGGCUUCUGCGAUCAAAAUACAUCAAAACCGCAGGAGCAGAAAUGGCAGGUUUGGCACAAGUUCAUGCACGCCUACUCCCAGUUCAAUGACUGGCUGCGAUUGGCAGAGAGCACGGCUUCCUCACCAAACUCUUCCCACGUGCUUUACAUCACUGCGAAGAAGGAGCUGAAGAAGUUUGAGGUGUUGCAAUGGGAGAUCCGGGCUCAUUUGUUGGAGCUUCAGUCGCUGAACCUGCAGUACUGCUGGCUGGUGAAACGGGCAGGGCAGGGGGAGCGCGGCCGGCUCCACGGGAUAAUACAGGAUGUCAGCGGGCGCUGGGACGACCUCAGCAAACGCACGGCCGGCAUCUGCCGCAGGCUCCAGCACUUUGUGAGGCAGCGCGAGGAUCUGGAGAGCGAGUGGGGGAAUAUCGCAGUCAGGCUGGCAGAGAUGGAUAUGAGGAUGUCUGAAGUAGAGCAUUCCUCAGGGUGCAGCACGGCCGACAAGAUGACACAGCUGGAGGCGUUCCAGCAGGCAGUGAGCGAGAACGCGGAGUGGCUGAACGGGCUGCUGGUUCGAGGGGAGCAGCUGAUCCAGCGCAGCGAGCCGCAGGACGCCGUCGAGGUCGAGGACUCCCUGCAGGAGCUGCUGCUGUACUGCGCCCGGGUCUUCGAGGGGGUGGGGCGUCUACACACACGCCUGCUGAGCAGGAGACUGGUGUUUGAGGAUGGCUGGAUGUUGGGGUCGAACCGCCUGUCUGUGCUCUGGGAGGUUGAGGGGAUAUACGAGCGGAGGAGCCCCUGUGACCAGCAGCCCCGCGCUCCCAGUGUCCGCACUGGUUCCAGACGGGACUCUCUGGCCCUGGAGUGGGACCCUUCCGUCGACGUGGGCGGGUCCGCCUCUCACGACGAUGCUGACUCCUCUUACUUCAGCACCAUCACAGGUUUGCACCACUUAGAAGCCUCAUCAGGAGAGCCUUCCACCAAGAGAAGAAGCCCUCCAAGCUCCCUGUGUUUUCAUGUGGACGCAGACCCUGCAGAGAGUAGCAGCGUGGAGUGGAGAGAUACCAGCCAGCCCGUCUCGACUGCGGUUCCAGGCGCUCUGGUUUCCGGUGUGUCUAGUGAAGUUCGCAGUUCCUCCCGUUCCUUCGUGUCUGCUAGACACUGCCCUGCAACUAAACCAAUCACCUUUGACCCAGAACGCAUCUGCGCCUGGCUGGGCCAGACGGAACCUGCUCUAGAACACGCCCGGAACUUUCCAGAGGAGACUGGGGGCAAGGCAGACCAUCAGAAACAAGAGGCUGUUUGGGAUCCCAGUCUCCCUCCUCGAGACACGGGGUCGUGUUCUGUAGAAAGCCGAUCUUUUCUGCCGAAUCCCGGUGCCUUUCCCAGUCUGGAUGGGUGCCGUCUCCGAUCGAGCCAGCGUGGGAAGCAGCUUGGCUUCUGUUCAGUUCCUGCGUGGAGCAGAAGAAAACCCAAAACUCAGUUUCGAGAGAAGAACCAAAGUUCUCUUCACCCAUCGCAAGGCAGGAUCAAGUCUGAAGAGCUCAAUCCCGCGAGGUCCAGACGUCUCCUGUGGGUUCUGAAGACAUCCCUGUCCUACCGCCUGGUCAAAUUCGCCAUCUUCAUCCACUUCCUGCUGGCUGUUCUCCUGGGGGUCGUCAGCCAGAUCCCAGUCAGUGCGAAGGACUUCAGCUGUCACCACGCCAAUAACUUUGCCCGCUCUCUCCACUUCAUGCUCCACUACGUCAAUGGACCACCCCCAACGUGAAGCCAGCGAGCGAGCACAAUCUCAGGGAGCAAUUACAGCUCCGAUAGCUUGACAGUUUAUGCUUUCCACAGAAAACUCUUUCAAGCAAAUUGUCACAAAUGCACUCCUGGAAUAUCUUUCCUUUUAAAAUAUGAUUUGACAAUACAUACACAACUGCCCAGCAUAACUCUGUCCCCCACCCUUGCACGGACCGAAGAAGUUACUUAAGAAUCUGAUGUGAAGGUCACAGGAGAGACAGGAGUGUUUUACAAUCUUGGCCUGCAGGGGAAAAAUAAAAUUCAUGUUAGUAGAGAGCUGUGAAUAUAUUAUAUUAUAUUGCCAGGGGAAUGCUGGGAGGUUGUUGAAUUAGGUCAUAAAUAAAAAUUACUCUGAAGUGAUCCAUACAGGCGAUUUGUGACUUGUGUCGGGUUGUGCACUGAAGAUGGAACCAGUGGUAAGCAGUCCCAGUUUGACACUGGGAGCGAAGGGAUUUUUUUUUUUAUACAGACUGGUUUCAUGGCGUAGAUGGGUAACAAAAAAAAUAGCACUGAAUAUUGUCAUCCUUUAGCUCUUUUGCUUUUAGAACUCGUGUCUGCUUAGGUUUCCCCUGCAGGUUUUACCAAAGGAGGAGACACAGGUCAUCUGUCACGCUACCCCAAAACCGUCAACAACUCAGAGGUAUGCAGAUUUCACUUUGCCUUUAAGAACUGUCCUUUAAAACAUAAUGAAAAAAGGAAAUUUGUUAUUUUUUUCUAACAUUUUAGGAGUAAAAGUAGCCUGGUUUAAACAUUGUCUGUAAAAUAACUAGCAAGACCAUAAAAGUUAUGAAUAAGUGAUUUGUUCGGUUUUACUAGAAGCACCGAUUCACAAUAGUCUGGAUGAAGGUUGGACAUUGGUAGCAAGCAGGUAAUGUAGCACAGUGCACCAAAACAUACCAGCUCUUAAACCAGGUCUUCACUUUUUACAAAGUCACGUCUGCACCAGUGUGUGUUCUGCAUAUUAUGAAUAAGUUGUGUCAGAGAAAAAAGGACUGUAGUAUAUUUAUUUUUUCAAAACAUGUGCAAUGUUCACAUUAGAUUUUAAUUCACCUUUCCCCUGAAAUAUUUCCAGGAGAUUGUGUGAUUUCUGCAUGCUCCCCCUGGAAUUAGU